AUGGCCAGUCCAGUCACUCAAAUUGCGCCAGGAGAUGUCGACAGCUACGACUAUGUCAUUGUGGGCGGUGGUACCGCUGGCUGUGUGAUCGCUAGCAGGCUGGCAGAGUAUCUGCCUAAAAAGAAGAUCCUGCUGAUCGAGGCUGGGCCUAGCGACUACAUGGAUGACCGGGUUUUGAAGCUGAAGGACUGGCUGAGCUUGCUCGGCGGUGAAUUCGACUAUGACUACGGCACCACCGAACAGCCCAUGGGAAACAGCCAUAUUCGCCAUUCCCGUGCAAAGGUGCUUGGAGGCUGCUCGAGCCACAACACCUUGAUAUCUUUCCGUCCAUUUGAGUAUGACUGCAAAGUAUGGGAGAGUAAAGGCUGCAAAGGCUGGAACUUCGACACUUUCACUCGAGUGAUCGAUAACCUCCGUAACACCGUGCAACCCAUCCACGCCAGGCACCGCAACCAGCUCUGCAAGGAUUGGGUGCAGGCCUGCUCAACCUCUCUCGAUGUCCCCAUCAUCCCCGACUUUAACAAAGUCAUCCGUUCAGAGGGCAAAAUGACCAAGGGAACCGGCUUCUUCUCGGUCUCUUACAACCCAGAUGAUGGACGACGAAGCAGCGCAAGUGUUGCCUACAUCCACCCCGUCUUCAGCGGAGCGGAGAAGAAGCCCAAUCUCACCGUCUUGACCCACGCCUGGGUGUCAAAGGUCAAUGUCUCUGGGGAUACAGUCACCGGCGUGAACGUCACACUUCAGUCAGGCACCAAAUUGACCCUCCGCCCCAGACGGGAGACCAUCCUCUGCGCUGGCGCAGUCGACACCCCCCGUCUCCUCCUGCUCUCUGGCCUUGGACCACGCGAGCAACUGUCCUCCCUCUCCAUUCCGGUGGUUAAAGACCUACCCGGUGUUGGAGAGAACUUGAUCGACCACCCAGAGUCCAUAAUCAUGUGGGAGCUUAACCGGCCCGUCCCACCAAACCAAACAACCAUGGACUCAGACGCUGGCGUCUUCCUCCGCCGGGAACCAAUCAACGCAGCCGGAUUCGACGGUGACAGCGCCGACAUUAUGAUGCAUUGCUAUCAGAUCCCGUUCGGUAUCAACACAAGCCGUCUCGGCUACGAUGUCCCCGUCAACGCUUUCUGCGUGACUCCAAACAUCCCCCGUCCUCGCUCCCGAGGCAGACUCUACCUCACCUCCGCCGACCCAACCGUCAAACCUGCCCUGGACUUCCGCUACUUCACUGAUCCAGAAGGUUACGACGCCGCCACCAUUGUCGCAGGCCUCAAAGCAUCCCGUAAGAUUGCCGAGCAAGAGCCAUUCAAGAGCUGGAUCAAGCGUGAAGUCGCUCCGGGCCCGGCCAUCACUACCGACGAGGAUCUGAGCGCAUACGGCAGAGCGGUACACCAUACCGUCUACCAUCCCGCCGGUACCACCAAGAUGGGUGACGUUCAGAACGACCCCAUGGCCGUCGUCGACCCGACUCUCAAGAUCCGUGGGCUGAAGAAUGUCAGGAUUGCGGACGCUGGUGUCUUCCCUGACAUGCCCAGCAUCAACCCCAUGCUUACAGUCCUGGGUGUCGGAGAGCGUGCCGCCGAGCUGAUCGCUGAAGAAGCUGGAUGGCGCCCUUCCUCCUCUCGUCUAUAA